AGAGCUAAUCAUGGCACCACUAAUCACAAGCUCUAUACAUGUCUUCUUCUUAUGGACCUUGCUUCUUUCAUCAGGAAAUAUAUUAUCGGAUGGUGCAAGAGUAUUCACCAUAAUUAACAAUUGUGAGGAGACUAUUUGGCCAGCAAUCACCCCUGGUGAGAGCUUUGGUGGUGGAGGAUACAAGUUACGAGCAAAGGAGUGGAGGGUCCACACCGCACCUGUUGGUUGGUCAGGUCGAAUAUGGGGUCGAACCAACUGCAGGUUCGAUAGCAAUGGCAAUGGAACAUGUCUAACGGGGCGAUGUGGUUCGUCUCUCCAAUGUUCUGCCUCGGGUGAAACCCCAGCGACACUUGCUGAAUUUACCCUCACCACAUUGAACUUUUACGAUGUUAGCCUCGUCGAGGGAUUUAAUUUACCAAUCUCCGUUAGACCGGUUAAUGGAAAGGGAAACUGCAGCGUUGCGGGUUGUGUGGGUGACUUACGGAAAAACUGCCCUUCGGAACUUUCUGUCAAGGCGGGUGGCAAGGUAGUCGCUUGCCGAAGCGCUUGUGAUGUGUUUAAUACCGAUGAGUAUUGUUGUCGUGGUGUUUAUGGAAACCCGGCGACAUGCCAACCAACGUAUUACUCCAAGAAGUUUAAGCGUGUAUGCCCGACUUCGUAUUCUUAUGCUUACGACGAUCCAACAAGCAUUUUUACUUGUUCCGGAGCUGAUUAUAUUAUCACCUUCUGCAACUCAAAGAAGCGAGCUUAAUGCGCGUGUCAGGACACCAAGUUGAAGUAUAGCGCUUCUACGAUGGGGUUCUGGAAAAACUGGAAGUCGAGUUUGAUGAUGGCUUUAAUAGUUGUUUGUUUACCAAUGUUGUUCUAAAUAAGUCGAGUUUGAUGAUGGCUUCAAUAGUUGUUUGUUUACCAGUGUUGCUCUAAAUAAGUCGAGUUUGAUGAUGGUUGUAAUAGUUGUUUGUUUACCAAUGUUGCUCUAAAUAAGUUGGGUUUUAUAUGAUUUUUUUUCUGUUA